ACCUAAUAACACAAAUAUGUCAAUCACACAUGUCAAUCAAAACAUGUCACGAGUGCCCUUAGGAAACUAUUUAUGUGGUACAACCAGGUCGACCAAAAUUGCACGUGAUACAUCCAGGACAUGCGAGGAUGUAAAUUCUGAUAGUUAAAUAUUGCAAUUCAACGUCCAGAUAAAUGAGAUACCCCACAGCGUCAGAAGAUAAUGACUUCAAAACAAUUUUGUUUGAAAUGGAAUAAUUUUCACAGCAAUAUUUUGAAUGCUUUUGAAAGUCUGCAAAACACAGAAGACCUCACAGAUGUUACGUUAACGUCCGAAGGAAUAAAUGUGAAGGCACACAAGUUCAUUUUGUCUGCGUGCAGCCCUUACUUUCGUACAGUCUUUAAGGAAAAUCCGUGUUCCCAUCCGAUAAUAAUCUUAAAAGACGUUUUAUACACAGACCUAAUUGCCAUUAUAAAUUUUAUGUAUCAUGGAGAAGUAUUGGUGUCUGAAGAACAACUAGCUUCGUUUUUGCAAACUGCCCGGUUGUUACAAGUCUCUGGGUUGAAUAAUUCGAACGAAGGGUUUUCAAAAAAGUCUCCAAAGAAAACGAAAGCCCAGAAAAAUGAUUUUCCAGAACAACCAAUAAAAAGAAUCAAAGUUUCGAAUAAGUCAAAAUCUAAAGUGAUAAAUAGUGAUAUUUUGAAUCCAGUCUCGCCAAAAGAAACAAGUGUGGUUAAAGAAUCUUCAAAUUUAAGUCAUGAAUCUGAUUUGAAAGGAAGUUCCAAAGAAAGUGAUGAAGAAUAUUGUGCAGAUGUCAAUGAAAAUGUCGAGGUUGUGGUAAAUGAAAAAACGGAUCAACAGAGUUCAAUAUUGGAAGCUGCCCUGGAAAAACCUGAAAGUAUAUUGGAACGAUCUUUAAUGUCACAACCUGUUGCAGGAAAAUCGCCGUCAUCGCUUCCGUUUGCCCAAGAUCAAUUAAACAUACUUCAAGGAGUGCCUGAUGUUGCCAAAUCCAUUUUCGUGGGUCGAAAGCCCCCAGAAGGAGAUUAUGAUAAACGAAUAAUAAAAUCGACAUCGUCCGGGUCAUCCAGCCCAUCAACUUUUGACCGUCCAUCUGAGUUUCUUCACCAGACAAUAAAAAUCGAGGAAGAUUCCUAUGACAGUGUGGAACCAUUACCUGAUGAUAUUAUUCAACGAGAGGGCAACAUUCACAUUUCAAGAGCUGUCGAAGUACAACCUCAUCACAGUUCACAGUGUGGUAACUGUCCUCAUUGUGGUAAAGUUUAUUCUAAUCAAUCAUCGUUAAAGUAUCAUGUUCGACUGGUGCAUUCAGAUUUAACGAAUAUGUAUUGUUGUCAUUUAUGUCCGGAAGCUUUUAAUUAUAGGGAGGGUUAUAAAAAGCACAUGGUUGAAGUCCACUGUAUAAGGAAUUAACGUGCCUUAGGCGCUGUUAGUAUUUUUUGUAAUUUUAUAUAUUUAAUAAAAAUGGUUUUCUGAA